GUGGUACGGCUCUAGCAGGUUGUACUUUGCAUGAUUGGGCUUGGAGGCACAAUCACACUUGUGCCACGCUGAUGUCAGAGGGUGCAGCUCUGAUGUCACACAGUGCCCCAGGGAUGAAGACGAGUGACAAACUGGGGACCUCCCAGGGUUCAGCGCUGAUCUGCACAGAGCGUUACGGAUCGAGCCGCACCCAUAGGUACCUGGAGGGAAGUAACGGCAGCCUGGUGUGCGAGAGGCACCCUGCUGAGCAUGGCUACCGCUCACUGAGAGACUUCUUCGUGUCCCUGCUUCUUCCCCAUGGAUAUCCGGACAGUGUCAGUAAAGACUAUUUGGCAUAUCAGCUUUGGGACACCAUACAGGCAUUCUCCAGCAGUGUAACCGGGUCAUUGGCCACACAAUCCCUUCUGCGCGGAUCAGGUGUCGGGGACAGCACUGCCACGGUAGCAGCUGCAACCAUCACAUGGAUCCUUAGAGAUGGUACAGGAAUGGUGGGAAGGAUUCUCUUUGCAUGGAUGAAAGGGAGCCGACUUGACUGUGACGCUAAAAGAUGGAGGCUUUUCGCUGAUCUUCUGAAUGAUAUUGCUAUUUUCAUGGAGAUCAUGGCGCCGGUUUUCCCAUCAUGCUUUACUUUGACUGUGUGCGCAGCAGGAGUGUUCAAGUGCAUUGUGGGAGUGGCAGGAGGUGCCACAAGAGCUGCUAUCACUGUCCACCAGGCCAAGCGGGACAAUAUGGCUGACGUGUGUGCCAAAGAUGGAAGCCAGGAGACCCUGGUGAAUCUAGCCGGCCUGCUGGUCAGCCUCUUUCUUGUCCCACUAGUAUCGGACAGUAUGAUGGCGACAUAUUUACUCUUCUUCCUCCUGACCAUCCUUCACCUCUACGCAAAUUAUCGAGCCGUCCGAUCUGUCAUUAUGGAAACUCUUAACCAAUCAAGGCUCAGCAUUGUGUUGCACCAUUACCUGAAGGAGGGGAAGAUCCUUGAUCCGGAGGCAGCAAAUCUCCGGGAGCCGCUUUUACCGGGUCUGGGCUCUCAGGCACCAAUCAAUCUUGGCGUUCCCCUGAGCUAUCUGGCCUCCAGUGUCCCGGAGCUUGAGCAGUUAAAGAAAGAUAACCAUUCCCUUUACCUUUUGGGCUGGAGAGAGGAUACAGGCAGUUUGGCUGUAGUGCUACAUGAGCGAGCGUCCAGUGUGGAUAUGAUCAGAGCCUGUGUCCAUGCAGAGAUGCUUCACAGGAAAACCAGCAGCUCAGAUCACCACAAAUCUAGCAGUUUUCCCAUCCUUUCUGCGCUGCAGUGUGUAAGAGGAAGGGGCUCCCGCCCUUGCACAGGUUUUGAACAACAUGGCCGCUUCACUGCUUUGGAACAGACCCACAACCAGAUCAACAGCAUGUUCCCCACAUUUCUGCAAGGUCUGACCGCAUCCGGAUGGGUGACCAAUCGCAAUCUGUUGGACUCUGAUGACUGGAGAGCAAACUGGGAUCUGAAAAAGCAGCAAUGAGGAGUAGUGACGUCAUAACGAAAUGAUAUGUUGGAGAGACCGUGUUGGACUGGGCCCCCUAGGGCCCACCAGAGAACUCUGAGUUCCCACUCUCACUGUUAAAUGCUGAUAAUGCUAAAUGCCAUAGGGGUCAUAGAUAAGUGUGGGGUAACUAAUGGUAAUGCCCUUGGCUGGUGCCUGCCAUGAAAUCAACCCCAGGGAGGGUAACAAAAUGAGGACCAAACUGUUGCUGAAUAAAGAGCCAAAGGGGUAUUGGUUCCCAUAUGUAUCGGGUACCCUGCCCUCUGUGCUACAUGUGGGACCUAUAACCUACCUGCCCACAUUUAUACACCCAAAGUUGUGCCAUUUUUAAACCAUCGCACCCUUGUUACACCCAGACAUUUUCAUUCAUGUGACCUAUUUCUGGUUGUGCUUGGCCCCCUUUCAUUUUUUUAGGGGUCCACAUGUUGGAACUGUCCCUCAGGCCAUUCCCCCAAUACCCCCCGUAUGCAAUAACAGGAAGAGGACAAUGGUGGCGGGAACCAGUAUAAACUGGCAUUAAACCAGGGACCUAUCUUCUAUUUAGGCAUCGAAGGGUGUGGGGGGGGGGGGGGGUUGACUCCACGAUUAGGGAUUUUCUUAUUAUCAAACUUUAUUUAGAUUCUCCCAAAAUUCAUAAGUCAUUAAUAGAGCAGCCAGGGAAACCUAUCAUCUUGGCUAUCGAAUCCAAUCAAUUGUAAAUUACAUUGGUUAUUUUUUUUUUUUUUUUACAACCUUUGGAGCAAAGUCUAGACUCUAUGUGACAGCAGACACUCGAUUCAACUUAAUCAGAGUCUUAAAAUACCGGCAGGAUGCCACUUGGGGACCAUAGAUGGGGAGCAGUCUUUACACCAUUGCCCAACAUUAUAUGGGAUGUACAAGCUUGUAGGCCCAGAAACACCAGGGCAGUCCACUUACUGAAUAUAAGAGCAGUUUGUUAGACAUCACCCUAUCCCAUAACUUUUAUUUUUGAGAACAAGUGUUAUCUGCAAAUAGCUGUGGGGUAAAGUGUUGUGCCAUCCUUUGCCAGUCUGUAGAUGGCUCAAUAUGAGGGUAGUUACUGUAUAUCACACCUUUGUUGGGUGGGCCCAUCUUAUUUUAUAAGAGAUAUAUUGAUGACGUGUUCUAAGUGUGGCAGGACUCAUUUUCUGCUCAUUCUUUUUGUGGGUAGACUUGAUUCCCUCCCCUCGCUGGAGGAGGAAGGGACAUCCGUGACAUACUUGGCAUGGUGCCCACGUGGGUUGGCUUAUUUGGGGAAGGUUACAGUGACAUAUUGUGAGCAGAUGAAUAAUCAUAGAUGUGCAGUCGGAUCAGCACUUGCCAUGGGGAAAAGCGGAACAACCUGUUACUAAACAUUUUUGGAAGGCUGGGCACAGACUGGCACAAUUCGGGCCACACAGACCUGGUGGGGGGGAUAGGGACUCUGUCAUCUGAGAUGCCAAAAAGGUGGAUAUUCCCUCUGGACACCUUAGCCCCAGGAUAGGAUUUAAUGAGACACUGCUAUGUUCAUUUAAAACGUUUUUUAUUCAUUUAUUGAUUUACACACGACUUAUGAAUCAGUUUGCAGUACACCAAAUAUGUGCUCCAUUUAUUACGAUAUAUUUUUUUUCUUGUAUUUGCAUCACUUUGUUUGUAGGGUGAAGUUUGUUAUCCUGUAACCUGUCUGUUCCCGGGUUUGUAAUGGACAAGCAAAAGUGCUAAGAAAAUGCUAAAAGCAGAUCUUUGCUUGUUCUUUAUUCUGUUGUUCUACUCUUCUUUGCAGGGUUUCUGAUAGGCUCCAGUCACAAUAAGCCAUCUGUGAGGAUUGGAACCAUAGUAAGGGGGUGGUUCACCUGCAGGUUAACUUUUAGUAUGCUAUAGAAUGACCUAUUCUUAGCAACUUUUCAGUUGGUCUUCGUUUUUUUAUUUUGUAUAGUUCUUCUAACUCUUUCCAGCUUUCAAUUGAGGGUUACUGUAAGGCUACAUAUUUCUGGAUAUUGAUCCUUUUUAUUACUUAUCUUUUUAUUUAGGCCCUCCUCUAUUCAUUUUCCUGUCUCUCUUUCAAAUCACUGCCUGGUUGCUAGGCUAAAUUGGACCCUAGAAACCAGAUAGCUGCUGAAAUUAGAGAGCUGCUGAACAAUAAGCUAAAUAAUUAAAAAAAACACAAAUAAUAAAUUGAGACCAACUGCAUAUUGUAUCAGAAUAGCAUUCUCUGCACCAUACUAAAAGUUUAAAUGCCACCAGUUCUUAUUUUUUUUUUUAGGUAAUGUGGAUCUGCCCUUUCCCACUAUAGGCUAGUAGUCACUGGGUAUAUGUGGCCUUCCCAAGCACAACUAUUGUACCUAUAGCAGUUUGGUUCCUUUACAGAUUGUGACCAAAAUGUUGGGUUUUUGAAUUAAUAAAAACUCUGAUUUUUACAGUCCUGAUGUACA